CGCUGUUUCCGUUCCGCCCUCGUUAGUUUGCCGUGUGCUCUUGUGAGACCUGCUUGUGUAACUCCAGUGAUAUUCAGACGUCAGUAACGUUUCCACCGCGGGGAAGCAGUCCGUCUAGAAGUCUCAACGUCUCAAGAAAGAGGGUUAAAAUGCUGUCGUCUGUCCUCGCAAAAAGACUGGUGACGGGGGUGUACCAGGCAGCAUGGAGACCAGCAGUCACAGGCCUUGUUUCAUCUCGUGGUUACCGUGGAGAUGCACCAGAUGACACCAGAGGUGACCUGAUUGAGAUCCCUUUGCCCCCUUGGGAAGAGAAGCCUGGUGAGCCCAUUGAUAUCAAGAAGCGCCGCCUGCUGUACGAGAGCCGCAAGAGGGGCAUGUUGGAGAACUGCAUUUUGCUUAGCCUUUUUGCAAAGCGUUACCUGAACACAAUGAGUGAGAACCAGCUGCAGCAGUACGACAGACUGAUUAAUGAACCAAGCAAUGACUGGGACAUCUACUACUGGGCAACAGAAGCACAGCCAACCCCUGAUGUUUACCAGGGAGAGGUGAUGGAUAUGCUGAAGGAAUUCACAAAGAAUCGCAACCAUGAACAGAGGUUAGAUGCGCCCAGCUUGGAGUACCUGGAAAAGGAAAAUCAAUGAGAUCGUUUUGACCUUCUCAGAGACUCAUUUUAGGUGGGACACUGAGUGAAACAUCAGUGUCGUCACCCACCGGAAAGAUCCUUCUGAAGUCAGCUGUGUUUCUCCAGUCAUAUACAGCAGUGUGUGCAAAAUACUGUGGAGUGGAAAAUAUUUAGAAAGCUUCAACUAUCUGGUCCUGCACCUCUCCAUGACAUGUUCCGGCCACGAAAGCCUUGGUUCACUAUCACUUGGUUCACACUCUUUUUUUUUUUUUAGAUUUGUGGAAGUGGAGGGAAGAUUGUGAACUGGGAAAAGAAUGAAACACAAUAUUAGGAAGGUUUUCUGAUUUCUGGUUUUACAUUAAUUGUAAACUGUAAAUUUGUGAUUCCAAACUAGACAAGCCAGCUUUGAUAAAUAUAUAUUCUACAAGACAGGCGAUUCUACGAGACAAAAACAAAACAUGAAAAGCCUCAGCUCGCUUUAGUGUAGUUUGUGUAAUUAUCAUGGUUUGACUCUGUUCAAUGAUUUUAUUGUGACUAUUACAGACAUUAUGGGUUAUUUAAUAAAUGGUAACACUCUGCUGUUA